AUGUCUAAUCCCAAUGAUAUCAACCAAUUCAACGCAAGUGUAAAGAGGACCAGCGACAGAAUUCGUGGCAAUUCCACCUCACCACCUGGCCAACCAGGUGAGGCCACAACCGACGGUACCAACUUGGCAACAGGGAGCUCCCAACCAACGGGCUCGACAUCCACCUUACUGGCUGGCCAGGCUCGUAAAGGCCAGAAGUCAAAGAAAGGUGCUAGCCCGCCCAGUAACACACCAGAUGCCCCUCCUACAGGCUCGGCGCCCCCUCCUGGCGGUCAGUCGUCUGUAGAUGAGCAGUCGACCAACGCAUCUGCAAAGGAACCAGCUCCUACCGGAGAUACCACUGGAGCGAACGCCAUCCCAGGCUCAAACGCCUUAGGCUCCCAGGGAAGAUCUGCCACUACGCAAGCCGGUAGCCUGGACCUCGCUGAGUCCCUGGCGGGUAACCAAGCAGCAAGCACGACCUCAACCACCCAGCUCAUAGCUCCUGAGGUGAUAAAUAAAGCAGGCGUCAGCAACACAAAUUUACCUCCCCCAUCGCACCAAUCCGCCCAGGCCAAGUUCUUAGCUGGUACCAACACGAUCCUGAACAGGAUCGACAAAUGUUCUCCAGACGCGAUAAAAGAGUGGCUGUCCUCCAAAGGAUACUCUUUAGUGCCGAGGUUGGCGGAUUCUACGGAGUCUGAGGUGGUAAAGACCGGCAUAGUCAGCGCUCUAGUUGCCAGUGAUACCAAUUGUCAAGAAGCACCAAACCCGUCACAACCGGUAGUUCAGCCAACUCCAGCUACUCGCCCUGUAGCCAGUCACCGUACCAGCGCAACGCCUGCUCCAGCCCCUACUUCGACUAGUCAGGCCGUACCAAAGGGUACCGCUACACCUUCUGUAGUCGCCGGAAAUAAGCGUUCGGUCCCUAACGAAGUCUUUGACCUCACUGCAGAUGAAGAAUCCACUCCAGCUGAUAAGACCGAAGAGUCCACUAGCACCAUUAAGUUUAGCGACAAAGGAAUUGAGGCUCACGGAUUAGUCGCCCUUUCCAAGUAUUUCGCAUCCAAGAUGACCACUCUAGACGCUUAUAUCCCUGUGUCGGUGUUCAACCCUCAAUGGUUGCGUCAGGACCUUCUGCAACAAACUAUCCGCCCAAAAACGAUCCCAAAGCUUCUCAAACCAGCAAUCCUUCACGAGCCUUCCAGUCUAUGA